GAACGGACCCAUUUCGACUCGGAUACCUGCCACCAGGUGGCUCCACCAGCAGUGCCCAGCAGCGCUCGGCAGGAGCAGUCUUCGGAGCGCCUUCGCACCGCCAGCAUCUCGCGCGAGCAUCGCUUUCUCUUUUCUCUCUUCCUUAUAACCUUCCCACGAAGGAACGAAUCGCGGAUUGUCGAAUACCUCGUGACAUACAAACGAUCAACGAUACCAGGACGCAACGAGUGAUUCGACGAGAUGAGAAAACGGUCCCCCGAAACGGACCGUUUCCCUUCGAUCGAUCAUUCAUAUUAUUCGUAUGGAUUUUAACGAGCCGAUAGUUAAAGGUGUAAUCACCUUUGCCAAUGGUACCGGGACAACGCGUAGAACUUACGUUCCCGAGGUUAAUCAGGAACGAUCUUGUUGACGGUGGAGGAUGCAACAGGAGAAACAGCAGGAAGAGGAUCAGCGGGGAACGACGAUGGUGCCAUCAUCUUCCUCGUCGAACGCGACGAUUACGAUGACGGAAGAGGAUAACCGGCAAGUAGAAGCUACCAGUCUAGCGAUAGAAUCGAGUUUACCGAAUCUAACGCUUCAGAGCGUUGCCCUGGGUUUACAGGGUGCUCUCUUGGCUGCCCUUCAAAGGGCAGCCUUGUUACCACCCGGUCAUGCCGCAGCCGCUGCUUUGAAUCUUCAAGCCCUCGAAACCUAUCUCACCCUUCAUCGUCUUCACGCGAGCGGUGCCACGGCAGGAGUCAAUCAACAAAGAUGUUCGCCCCCUUUGACCGCAGAUUUGGAGGAGGCAAACCUCGUCCCUACCACUACCACGUCUACGACCUCGACGACGAUAACUACGUUGGUGGACACGUCUAAGGACGAUCAUCAUCAACAGCAACAACAGCAGCAGCAUCAUCAUCAUCAUCAGCAGCAGCAGCAGCAGCAGCAACUCGAAACCGAGCAAUUACUUGGAUCGAUCGACGAGGACGAGGAUGGGGCACGUUUAGAAUUCGUCACCGAUCCGGAAGAGGAUCUGGCACUUCUCGAAGAAGAGGAAACUCUUUUAAGGGACACCGGAGUUGCAACAUCCUCGUCCUCAUCCUCCACCACCUCGUCCACCUCUCACGAGGUACUUCUACGUCGAAUAUCCGAAGGAAACCGUACGAAUUCCGGGCCGUCGAUCUCCCAAAUAAACGUUUCCACUACCUCCUCGUCCUCCCUCUGUUCGUCCACAUCAUCAUCGACUACUUCCUCCAAUUCUAACUCCCUUCAGGCCACUUCGACCUCCGUCGAUCCUGCUAUACAAAGAUCUUGUAGAGCGGCCAGACCGAAGAAGCAAUUUAUUUGCAAGUUCUGUAGCCGACAAUUCACCAAGAGCUAUAAUCUAUUGAUUCACGAGAGGACUCAUACCGACGAGCGUCCAUACUCGUGCGAUAUUUGCGGCAAAGCUUUCCGACGGCAAGAUCAUCUCAGAGAUCAUAGGUAUAUUCACAGUAAAGAGAAACCGUUUAAGUGCGCCGAAUGCGGCAAAGGAUUUUGUCAGAGCAGAACUUUGGCCGUUCACAAGAUUCUACAUAUGGAGGAAUCGCCACACAAGUGUCCCGUUUGCGCUAGAAGCUUCAAUCAAAGGAGCAACCUGAAGACACAUUUGUUAACGCACACGGACAUAAAGCCUUAUCACUGUGCCUCGUGUGGCAAGGUAUUUCGUAGGAACUGCGAUCUAAGGCGACACUCGUUGACCCAUAAUCUUGGAGUACCGACGUCGCCACCACCAACGGGGGGUAUAGCUGUACCUGGCACGAGUACCGUGGUCCUUCAGAAGACAUCCUAGCGCGUUUAAAUGAUUCUUCGUGGUCCCCGUUGAAAUAGAAAAAAAAAGAACGCGAUGGAUAAGGGAGAAAAUCGGUCUUUGAAUAAUUGUUAAUUCUAACGAUCUCUCGUUGUAUUUCAGUUUUCAAAAUGGGGGGACGACGAUCAAUCGAUUUCGACGAAGGUCGACAAAAACUUCCAGGGGACUGUGUACUGCGCGAUCGAUCGA